AUGUCACAGACAGGGAAAUUGAUGCCAAAUCUGGAUCAACAGAGCACUAAGAUGCUCAAUCUCACUGUACUCCAGCGAAUGGAUCCUUUCAUCGAAGAGAUUCUGAUCACAGCCGCGCAUGUCACUUUUUACGCUUUCAAUAUUGAAACCAAUCAAUGGAGUCGCAAGGAUGUUGAAGGAUCUCUCUUUGUAGUCAAGAGGAAUACUCAGCCGCGGUUUCAGUUUAUUGUAAUGAACAGGAGAAACACAGAAAACUUAGUGGAGAAUUUGUUAGGGGAUUUUGAGUAUGAAGUUCAAGCUCCGUAUUUGUUAUAUCGGAAUGCAUCCCAAGAAGUUAAUGGUAUUUGGUUUUACAAUCGGCGUGAAUGCGAGGAUGUUGCCAACCUCUUUACUAGGAUACUUAAUGCUUACUCGAAGGUUCCUGCAAAGCCAAAAGUGGCUUCAGGCAAAAGUGAGUUUGAGGAGCUUGAAGCAGUCCCAAGUAUGUCAGUGUUUGAAGGUCCCUUGGAACCAUCAUCAACUGCCUCUGCUGCUAACGAUAGCGCCGAAGAUUCUUCAUUUGAGAGCUUCUUUAGUACAGCCAUGAAUGUUGGAAGUACUGCUUCCAGUGUAGCAAGUUCAAGACAGCAAUAUCAGCCUUCUCCCACCAUUCCAUUAUCCUUGCAUACACCUGCUGUUGUUAUGCCUUCUCCACCAGUUCCGCAAAUACCAUCUCUCCCUCUUUCGUCUUUACCCACCUCAAAAGCUAUCCAUGGCACUCCUGAUCCAAUCAUUAGUGGCAUUCAUGUCACUAAUCUUGUGAAGCCCUCAUCUUUUUUUGCACCCCCUUCUUCCUCAUCUGCAGUGACUGCACCACCUAUAUCCUCGCCACUGCCUAGUGCUCCUGCACUUCAACCUCCCCUGAAUCUGCAACGACCAUAUGGCACCCCAAUGCUUCAACCUUUCCCACCUCCCACACCACCACCAUCUCUUACUCCUAGUUCUACUGCCACUCCUGUUAUUAGCAGGGACAAAGUCCGUGAUGCAUUUCUAAUGCUUGUUCAGGAUGAUCAAUUCAUUGAUAUGUUUCAUCAAGCACUGCUGAAGCUCUUGGUCCUUGGAAAGAAUGGGGGUAUAGCUCUUGGUCAGAAGAAUGUCACUUUUGGUUGGUUCAAAGGAAUGUGUUCUCUCGUUCAAUGUAAUGUUGUAACAGACCGUACUGGUUAUGUCUUGAUGUGUAGCAAUAAGCCAGAUGUUUUGGAUGGUGGGAAAUUAGGAUUGUCAAUUCACACCACAGAGAAUGGAUUAUCUGAAGCAUUUUCUCAAUAUGGUCAAGUUGUUGAAGCUAAAAUUGUGAUGGACCGAUUCUUAGGCAAAUCAAAAGGCUUUGGUUUUGUAACUUUUGCAUCUGAAGAUGAAGCUCAGAAAGCACGGGAUGAGAUGAACGACAAGACACUGAAUGGACGAGUCAUCUUUGUGGAUUAUGCGAAACCCAAAAGUAACUUUGGUGGUGGGAUGCCAAUUGCUAGAGGACCUCCCGAACCAACACCCCAAGGUUGA